AUGUCUUGCACAGAGCAGGCGGCUCCUCCGGAGACCCCUUCGCGGGACGGACUGGGGCAGGCGGACCAGAGGCUCAUAGGUGCCUACACCUUGAUAGCACCAAAUGAAAACCGAAGAAAGCAGAUACAAAGGAUUGCUGAGAAAGAGCUGGAGAACCUGGAGAAGUGGAAGGAGCAACAUAGAGCGAAGCCAGUUAACCUGGUACCAAGGAGGCUAGGUGGAAGCCAAUCAGAAGCUGAAGUGAGGCAGAAACAACAACUCCAACUGUUGCAAUCUAAAUACCAGCAAAAGCUAAAAAGAGAAGAAUCUAUAAGAAUCAAGAAGGAAGCUGAAGAAGCUGAAAUCCAAAAAAUGAAGGCAAUUCAGAGAGAGAAGAGCAAAAAACUAGAGGAGAAAAAAAGACUUCAAGAAAACCUCAGAAGAGAAGCAUUUAGAGAGCAUCAGCAAUACAAAACUGCCGAAUUCUUGAGCAGACUGGAGACAGAGUUGCCAAACAGAAGUACCUAUCCAACUGCUUGCCAUAACCUACAAUCUUCAGCUUGGAAACUUCCUGUCCUGCCUAGGGAUCACAGCUGGGCCAGAAGACAGGCUUAUAAGGAUUCUCUAAAGGAAGAAGAAAAUAAAAAACUACAGAGGAUGAAGGAAGAACAACACCAGAAGAGUGAAUUACUGGAAUUUAAGCGACAACAACAGGAGGAAGAAAGAAUCAGAACCCAGCAGGAUGAGCACAGGAGGGUAAAUAAUGCUUUUCUGGACCGACUCCAAGGCAGAAGUCAACCAGGUGGCCUGGAGCACUUUGGAGGCUAUUGGAAUAUGAAUGGUGGUAACAGCUGGGAUUUAUGAGAAAUGUUUACUUACAUCCAACCUUUGUCAACUGACCUUGAAAACUGCCAUGAGAUGCUUUUUUAGAACUCGGUUUUAUUCACCUUCAGUGCUUUUACCUCAGCUUCAACUGCCCACCCACACAGCUGAGCCGCCGGGAUGACAGGGUCUCCCUGUCAUUGUUUAUGUGUGUUUGCAGGAGCUGAUUAUUGAACUCAUAUUUAAUUUCUACUGUCAGUGAAAUGUUACAGUAUUUUUCUAAUUGGUUUUGCCUCUUAUUGGAAGUAUAAUUACAGCAAUGUUAAUAAGAGAGAAAAUGAGAGGAUCAUUUGAUGCUUUCAGGUUACUGGGAGCUAUGGGUGGGUGCUGUAUGCUUGUCUCUCUAAGCAGCUAAUUCUCAGAUCAGGUUUGGGGAAGCUUUGGCAUCUUUUUUGGAUUUUAAUCCCUACUUUCUUAAUUCACUGUAUAAACAUGAGUAAAAGACAAAAAUAAAUCUUUUAAUCUCUUUUAAACAAAUUUAUAAAUAAAUUUUGAACUACCUUUGCAUA